AUGUCCGUCAAGGGAUCCCUCCAGAUCCUGGCGUUGCUGCCGUUGCUACAGACUAUCGUUCUCGCCCAAGAUGGCCGCUUCAUCGUGACGGGUAGGCAGACCGCUCUCAACACCACGAGCGGUGAGCGCCCCACACGUAUGAAUGUCAACCAGAUGCAGAAUGACGGAGGCGCACUCUGGGAUCUGUUUAUUCUUGGUUUGGCCGAGUUCCAGGCGGCAAAGGAGAGCGACGAGCAAUCAUACUUUGGUGUUUCUGGUAUCCAUGGUCGUCCAUACAUUCCAUGGAACGGCGUCGGGGCAGCGGCCGGUGGCAAUGGGAGGGGUUUCUGUCCUCACGGUGAAAUCCAAUUCGCCACUUGGCAUCGUCCCUAUGUUGCAGUUUUUGAGAUGAUUCUUGGUCAGCACGUUACUACAGUUGCCUCGCGCUACUCGGGCUCCCAGGCGUCAGCUUACCAGACUGCUGCGGAGAACUGGAGAAUGCCUUACUGGGAUUGGGCCAGUGACUACAACCUGCCGGCAUCGGCCACGACGCCAACCAUCACGGUCAACGGACCGACGGGACAAACUACCAUCAAGAACCCGUUGUACAACUACAAGUGGCAGCAGUUCCCCUUGAACACGGCCAACAACUACUUUCCCACCAACACGGACCGCAACUGCUGGGGGUGGCCCGAGACUACUCGUCAGCCGAACUCGCAGGGUCAAAACCAGUUCAACAUUGUCAACCAGGAUCUGGCCGAUGUCAACAACCCGCUAAAGAGCCAGGUGUACCGUAUCAUGUCGACCGUCACUGACUACAACACCAUGGCCACCUAUGGUACCAGCGGUUUGAGUUUCGAGGCUCCCCACAACGAUGUGCACACUUCCAUGUAUGCCAUCAUGACAUACCUCGACUACUCUGGCUUUGACCCCAUCUUCUGGUUGCACCACACCAACGUCGAUCGUCUGAUCGCCCUGUGGCAGGCAGUCAACUACAACAACACCAUCCAGACCGGAAGCUACCGCACCCGUGGUCUGUACGCGACGCCGGCCAACUCGGUCAUCACGGCCGACAGUGACCUGAAGCCCUUUUACCGUGACGCCAACAACUUCCACACCGGCAGGACGGCAUCGUCGACCAAGAACUUUGGGUACACCUACCCCGAGUUGGUCCACGAGAACAGCGCCACCAAGGACCAGCUGCGCCGCUCCGUCAUCAGGUCCGUCAACAUCCUCUAUGGUGACGGCUCCAUGGCCAACCAGCCCGACCCGGCCGCUUCGUCCUCGGUCGCGCCCGCGCCUUCCAGCACUGCCGCACCCACCUCCUCGGCCGCUCCUCAAUCUCAGAGCGUUGCUUCUGCCUCGGCAGUUUCAUCCAGCGCUCCAUCCCCUUCAUCUUCCGACACUGCGGAUGAGGAUAACGGUGACGGUGAGGACAAUGACGGCGGCAGCACCGAGGUGCCCACGCCUGCUCCUACCCCCAGCUCAGCCCCCGCACCUGGACCUGCACCUGGACCCGGCCCAGCUCCCGGUCCAGGACCAGCUCAGGGACCCGGGCCUGCUCCUGCUCCCGCCCCUGCUCCUGCCCCUGCUCCGGCUCCCGCCAAGGGCAAGGGCAAGAGCAGCGGCAACAACCGCAGCAACGGCAACGGCAACGGCAACACCAUCAACUGGGGCAACUGGUCGUGGCUCUUUGGCCGCCGCAGCCGCAUGGUCAAGCGCGAGCCGACGCUGUCGGACCUCGAGCUCAUCCCCGAGAUCCUCGGCAAGGUGGCCCCGGUGCUGGGCGACGCCAUCAACGGCGUGGCUGCCAAGGUUUCCGGCGGCGACUACGGCAGCAUCGGCAAGCACGUCAAGAAGCCGGCGGCCUCGUCGUCUGGCAGCAGCUACGGCAGCAAGAACAAGGCCUCGCCCGUCCCGGCCGCUCCUGUCAAGCAGUACUCGAUCGGCGUGCAGGUCGAGCGUAGCGAGCUUCCCCUUCCCUGCAGCCUGGUCUUCUCCAUCGGUAAGACCUACGUCGGCCACACCACUCUGCUCUCCAUGCCUCUCGAGGGUCCCACCUACGACGACCUCCCGCUCGACAGCGCCAUUAAGGCCUUUGGCAUGAGCCCUGUCGACGUCAACAAGAUCCAGGACCUUCUGACUGCUCAGAUCAAGAUGGCGAGUCCCUUUUAUUAUUGA